GUUUAUUCGAACAACAAAGCAUAAAUAUUUUGACUAAUGAAACUGAAAGAGAGGCAGAAAAGGCUGCAAUGAAAGCUUUAAUUAAGAAACGUUCAAUUUCGCUUUUAGAGUAAACAUUUUAGCCCGUGCGAUCUUUACUGAGGACGGAGCAUCUUCGAGACAAUGAAAUUAUUAUGAAACAAAAUCAGUGGUCCCAAUUUACGAAAAAAAAGCUCCUAUUCGACGAACAAAGAAUGACAGAAUCCAUGGCCCUCUUACCCAAGGUCCAAAUGUAUUCUAGCUAUUGAUUUUCACUGAGUGUGACCGCAAUUUUCUGAGGUCAGUUGACACUGAAGAAAAUAAAGUUACUCAUAGUCGACUAGAGUGUCAUGGAAUAGUUAAAAAUCCCGCAGUCGAAAGUGAAAGACUUAGAUUAGGGAAAAAACCCUCACAUCUCUAAGUCCAAAGAUUUUUUUCAUGAAUAACUGUUUCACGCCAUUUGAAGCUUACAAACGACUUAUUCCUAGCGUUGAAAGGAGUACCACAAAUCUCAGCAGAAGAUGCACAGAUUCCGCCAAAUGCUAUCACAGAAAGCAUUCAUACUUCAAGCAUUCUUUGUCUUUUGUUGUGGUGCCGUGGGUACCGAAAUUCGAACAGAAUGCAUAAACGACGAGAUCCGGCUUAGCAACCCUCAACUUGCUAGUCUUAUCCAGGAAAACUCUUACAAAGAGCUGAUCUGGACUGUUGACGAUCCAGAAGAGCAAGGGCAGGACAAACAAAAGCUCGUUUAUUGUAACGAAUAUCCUAAAUGCCACAAGUAUAACAUCACUGGGAGAUAUAAGAACAGAAUUGAGACAAACGCUGCCGUGCGGGGAGUGCUUUACAUCAAACAGAAGAAGUUCAACGAUAAACUCACGUACACAUGCCGCGUGAUACAGAAAGGAAACAAGCCUCCGUGUGAUUACACGAUCACAGUCAGAUCUUCAGCAAAUUGCUUGUCCACGACUGUUGGGAAAAGAAUCGACCUGAGCCGUGCGAUUCAUGAAAAAUGUUCAGAAAAAGACGUGGAAGACAUAACAUGGUACAGGAUCCUUCAGGGUGGUGGAAAGGAAAAAAUUGCGCACUGCAGUCCAUCCAGGGUUUCGUGCUUGCUCAUCAAUUGCACAAGAUCGUGCCCGGAGUAUCUAAGAAGGCUGAAGACGAAUGGAUUAUCGGUCAUCUUGACAAAUGUUACGCCUAAUGACCGUGGUUUGAAAUUCCAGUGCGAGUUACAUCCAGGAAUCCACGGGACACGUCAAGCUUAUACCAUUAAGAUCAAAGAGGUCGCUGUACCCCGAGAAGGUACACCAACCAGAACCCCAGAAGUAAUCACAGGAGGGUCUUUACAAGAAGAUGAAAGCAACAGGACAAAACACCGACCCACCAUCCCGCCUAACGUCACGCCAGUAACCUUAAAAUUGACAAAAACACUUUUAUUUCUGUGCUUAAUGUCGGAAAUUUUUACUUUCCCUGGAUAGUAUAUGUAUGGAAGGUGAAUAUACUGCAACAUUUUCGACUUGAAACUGUUGGAUAGAUCUGAUCAAAGGUUCCGUCUUAUCAAGGCACCAGGUGUGGUUAAGGAAUACUCGCUACAGAUUGAAGGGUCCACAAACGAGCCUUUCCACCUGGGAAGUGGAGUUCUUUUGAUCACCAAGAUGUUAUUAUAUGAUGGAACUGCUGUCCAACAAGUAUUUCAUUUUGUUUCGUGUCACAAUUCUACGAAUACAAAUCUUAUGCAGCUUCUUCGCUCACGAACAAUUAUUCACGAACAAUUACUUGCCUGUCGCCAGCCAUAUAAAGAAGAAUUUUGGAUAUUCAGUCCGAAAUAAUUCUUGCCAGAAGAGCGCUAUAUUCUUCUUUUUGAGCAUUAAGACGAAAUCGACUGAGGUCUCGAGUAAUGAAGGGACAAAAAGAGGCCCCGUAGGCAGUCUUUAUCAGUUUCUUUUGACUAGAACAUACCGUCAACUUUUGCGUGGCCUGCAGGUUUUUAAUAAUAAAAAUAUAAACAUUUCUUUAUGAAUUGAAGUGUUUUCCGCCUUUCAAGGCAGACCAGCCUAUCGUCUCGGCUAUUUAAAUAAGAUCAAUCAGUCUAUGUCUGAUGUAAUGAUGAAUAGGGACAGAGUUACGUUUAACAGAAUAAUCGAGGACACUGGCGGCUCUCAGAGAUAGGGGCCAUGACCUCAUACUCCUCAGAGUUAAAACCGAACGGUUUAAACGGGGUUUUUUAAAUAUACGUCUUUUCAGUUUUAUUUCUCAACCUAUUUUUAUCUCGUUGGUCUUAAAUGGAUUUAACUACGCAGUUGGCUCUUAGU